AUGGCCAACCAAUCCAUUGUGACAGAAUUCCUUUUGAUGGGAUUUUCUGAUGAUCAUGAUUUGCAAAUUAUGUAUUUUGUGAUGUUCCUUGUCAUUUACUUACUAGCUUUAAUUGGGAAUUUACUUCUUGGUGUUGCUGUGAUCUUGAACCACCAUCUUCACACUCCUAUGUAUUUCUUUUUGGUCAAUUUGUCAUUCUCUGAUGUUUGCUUUAUCUCAACUACAAUUCCUAAAGCCAUGGUCGCUUCUUUGACAAAUAACAAGCGGAUCUCCUAUGCUGGAUGUGCUGCUCAGGUCUUCUCAGUUUUCACCUUUGCAGGUUCUGAACUUGCCUUGCUGACUGUUAUGGCUUAUGACCGUUAUGUGGCCAUCUGCCACCCUUUGCAAUAUAUGCUUGUGAUGAACUGGGGUGCCUGUUUACAAAUGGCAAUUGCUUCCUGGAUAAGCACUUUGAUCCAUGCUUUGCUACACACCAUUCUCAGUUUCAGGUUAAAUUUCUGCAAAUUCAAUAGAAUUGAGCAAUUUUUCUGUGAUGUUCCUAACCUAUUAAUGAUUUCUUGUACUGAUAAAACAAUUAACCAAAUUCUGAUUUUGGUUGUAGCGAUCAUUGUAGACUCAUUAUGUAGUGGGUUCAUUUUUAUUUCCUAUGGCUAUAUCUUCUCUGCUGUUCUGAAAAUUCCUUCAGUUCAAGGCAGAUAUAAAGCUUUCUCCACAUGUACUCCCCAUCUGACUGUCUUUUGUUUAUUUUUGAUAUCUGCUGUUUUUGCUUAUAUGCGUCCCCAAAGUCUUUCCUCCCGUACUUUGGACUUGCUCUCUGCUGUUCUCUACACAGUUUUGCCCCCACUCCUCAAGCCCCUCAUUUAUAGCUUCAGGAACAAGGACAUCCAAAAGGCUGUGUGGAAAAUGCUUAAAAAAUAA